AUGAACGAGCCGAGCAUCUCGGGCGUCUCCCAACAUCAGAAUUAUAGAUUGCUGAGUGCACAGCGUAACGGCGAGGUCGAGGUGUCUCGCGACCAGGUCGUCUUCCACCCCACUUAUGCCUACGGUACCUCCGGCGUUCGGGGCAACAAAAAGUUGAUAAGGGGAUGCGUGGCAUACUGGGAGAUUAUCGUCGCCGGGAAGUUGUACGGCACCUCCGUCAUGUUCGGCAUCGGUACUUCGAAGGUUAAGACAAAACUAGAAUGGAUGUUUGCGGAUCUGCUAGGAUCAGACACCGAGUCGUACGGACUCAACCACCAAGCCAUUGCCCAGCAUAAUGGCCUGAUGGUCAGGGCGGCCAGGACACCCAUGCCGGAGGACAAUUGCGUAGUCGGUAUGCUAUUCGACGGCCGUGACGGGACCCUCUCGUACUUUGUGAACGGACAAUUCCUGUGUACACCAUUUACCUGUAUCGACAUGACGAAGGAGUACUAUCCAAUGAUCUCUAGCACCGCGCAGCAAUCGAGGUUUAUCGUCCAGGCCCAAAAAUCGUUGUAUCCGAUCGACACGCUGGAGGUGAUGGCGACAAAGAGGGUCUCCCACCUCCUCCUCGACGACUCGGCCGACAAUCUACCCCUUCCCACCGCCCAGAAAAAUGCCGUCGACGCCGCGAAGCAACGCCGUGAUGAAUUGCGCGUCCAGGGCCAACAUCUGGCCCAGUGGACGGCGCAUCGUCUCGUACUCCCCGACGACGUCUUCAGGACUGUGCUGGAAAAAGUUAGACUAGCCGCGCAGGCACAGCAACAGCCGCGUCUCUACAAUCACGUCAAUUGUCGA